AUGCGGCAGGACCUCAUCCGCCUCUGCUCGGCCGCCGAGGGGCUGCUCGAGGCGCACUACUCCAACAUGCUCACCGCCUUGGACAACCCGCUCGACCACCUCGGCCGCUUCCCUUACUUCGACAACUACAUCAACCUGAGCAAGCUCGAGCACGAUCUUCUUGCCGGUCACGUGGCGGCCCCGGCCCGCGUGGCGUUCAUCGGGUCGGGGCCGCUGCCGUUCAGCUCCCUCUUCCUCGCGAUGUACCACCUGCCGGACACCCGGUUCGACAACUACGACCGGUGCAGCGUGGCCAAUGGCCGUGCGAUGAAGCUGGUCGGCGCGGCGGACGAGGGCGUGCGUGCGCGCAUGGCGUUCCACACGGCCGAAGUCGCGGACCUCACGGCUGAGCUCGGCGCGUAUGAUGUGGUCUUCCUGGCGGCGCUCGUGGGAAUGACGUCCGAGGAGAAGGCCAACACCAUCGCGCACUUGGGGAAGCACAUGGCAGAUGGCGCGGUGCUCGUCGCGCGAAGCGCCCACGGUGCGCGAGCGUUCCUGUAUCCUGUAGUGGAGCUGGACGAUAUCGGGCGUGGCGGGUUCCAAGUGCUGGCUGUGCACCAUCCUGCGGGCGAUGAGGUGUUCAACUCAUUUAUUGUUGCGCGGAAGCAGGAGCAUAUUUCUACCGUGGGCACUAUAGGGUGCUCAUGGCAGCACGAAUGUAUAUGGACUACAAUUGAGGGUGUGGCAGACGGAGAGAUGUCAUUCAAGUAA